AGGGGGCGUUUCCACAGCCGGGCGCUCCGGCCCGUGCCCUUCUGCCGGAGCCCGCGGCAGCUGUGGGCGAGGCUGGCCGGGGAAGCGGGGGAGGCUGGCAGCCCGCCUCCCUCGGGUUCUCCGCGGCGUGAGCGCGGCUGCGCCCCUGCGCCGCCCCCUCGGCGCUCCGGUCCCCCGGCUUCGCUCCCGCGAUCGGGGUGUCAGAAUAAUCUCGCCGGUCCCGGAAGUGGGCUCGCGCCCGCGGUUCCUACCCCCGCGCGGCUACUGUCGCCACGGUGGCGGCCACUGCAUCUCGUCCCACCUCCGCGGCCUUGGGCGCCGUGGUGUCGGCGGGCCCCGAGCCUAUGACGGGCCAGGGCCAGUCGGCGUCCCAGUCGUCGGCGUGGAGCACGGUGUUCCACCACGUCCGGUACGAGAACCUGGUGGCGGGCGUGAGCGGCGGGGUCUUGUCUAACCUCGCGCUGCACCCGCUCGACCUCGUGAAGAUCCGCUUCGCCGUGAGUGAUGGAUUGGAACUGAGACCAAAAUAUAAAGGAAUCUUACAUUGCUUGACUACCAUCUGGAAGCUUGAUGGACUACGGGGACUUUAUCAAGGAGUAACCCCAAAUGUGUGGGGUGCAGGUUUAUCCUGGGGACUCUACUUUUUCUUUUACAAUGCCAUCAAAUCAUAUAAGACAGAAGGAAGAGCUGAACAGUUAGAGGCGACAGAAUACCUCAUCUCAGCUGCUGAAGCCGGAGCCAUGACACUUUGCAUUACAAAUCCAUUAUGGGUAACAAAAACUCGCCUCAUGUUACAGUAUGAUAGUGUUGUGAAUUCCUCACAGCGACAAUAUAAAGGAAUGUUUGAUGCACUUGUGAAAAUAUAUAAGUAUGAAGGUGUUCGUGGAUUGUAUAAGGGCUUUGUUCCUGGGCUGUUUGGAACAUCACAUGGAGCACUUCAGUUUAUGGCAUAUGAACUACUGAAGCUGAAGUACAAUCAACACAUCAACAGAUUACCAGAAGCCCAACUGAGCACAGUAGAAUAUAUAUCUGUUGCAGCACUAUCUAAAAUAUUUGCCGUAGCAGCCACAUACCCAUAUCAAGUUGUGAGAGCUCGUCUUCAGGAUCAGCACAUGUUUUACAGUGGUGUAAUUGAUGUGAUUGCAAGGACGUGGAGGAAAGAAGGCAUCGGUGGAUUUUACAAAGGAAUUGCUCCCAAUUUGAUUAGAGUGACACCAGCCUGCUGUAUUACCUUUGUAGUAUAUGAAAAUGUCUCACAUUUUUUACUUGACCUUAGAGAAAAGAGAAAGUAAGCUUAAAGAAGAUAAUUCCAAUUUAUCUGCUCAAGACAGCAACAAGCUAUUUUGUGUUUUAAAUGUAAAAUUCAAAAGAAUGUUGCAUAGCAACAUGACUCAUAAUCAAAAUUGGUCUAUAACCAUUAGAAGUUGAAGAACUAAGUCGUCAUAGUGUUUUUCUGCUUUUUUGCAUUCCCCAUAUGUAUGGGACUUGGCUACCUCUGCCUGAAAUGGCUGCCAUUAACACAAAGUUAAAACUGACACCAAGUGUAGAAUUUCACAAAUUUCUUCAUUUCAUUGUUCAGAUAGAAGCCAAUUUAAACAUUUGACAAAUGGAUUAGAAAAAUGUGCUGCUUUUUCUGAAAUUAUUUGCCUAGAUUGGCUUUAAAAUUGACCUCUGUGCAAUAGCAAGAAAAUGACAUCUUAAAAGAAUGUCAUUGUAUGUUUCAAGGGUAAAUUUAAGGAUUUACUGGAUAAGUUGUUGCCCAAAUCUAGACCUUUGAGAACUGGGAAAUGGUAGUGUGAACAAAAUUCUUUGCAAUUGUGCUUCCAUUUUAAUUCAUUCAGAACGUGCUAACUAGAGACAUUUGAGAAGUUAUGUACUUCUCUGUGAAAUAUCUGACAUCUGUUGUCAUUCCAUAGCCAUUUUUUUCCCCAGAGACUCAUAUUCUGUAAUUUAAAAUAUAAUCCUGGAUCCAGUUAUCUUUCUGCAUAGGUGUUUAGUAUUUUUAAACUUACGAAAUUUAUACUUUCACUAACCAGUUGCAUCAACCUUUAUUAACAUAUGUGACUAAAUAACUUACUGCUGGUGCUAAACAGAUCACCUUUUACAGAUGUUACAAUGCUUGGGAUCUGUUUAUUGACAGGCUGAAUGGAAAUCAGAAACUAACUUUCCACUUUCAUUUUUGGAUACACAGAUCCAGGGUCCCAAAUAAAUGAUUAAUCUACAUUAGUUGUUUAAAGUCAGGUUGAAUCCCACAUUAUAUUAAUGACCAUUAUUGAUUUUAUUUGAUAAGUCAUUGUAGAUACCUAUAAAUAUAAAGACCUGACCCCAAAGAAUGCCAGUAUAAUGCUAAUUUUAUUUAUCAUAAACAUCUAUGAGUGCUGUUGCACUACCAUCUACUUGUUGUAAAUAAAAUAUUUUGGUUUUCAAAGCCAUAUUUAAAUGGUUCUUUGAAAAUAGGUUUAUUUUUUAUAUUUUGGAAAUGACAUUGUUUUUAAAAUAAAGGUAAAAUACUAAGUACCUAUUUGUAUUUGCUAUAUCUUAUCCAGUUAAUAAGGAUGUUUUAUAAAUUAAAUGUGAUAUGCUUAUCAUACUCUUGGGUUAUGCUAUAAUUCAUAUGGCAUCUUGAUGUUUGUUCGCACAUGCAGAGAGGAGCUGCAAUUGACAUUUGAAGUUUUAGAGGCAGUGCCAUUAUUUGAAUACCUCCUAUUUACCCACAAAUUAAUAAAACCGUUCUUGCCCUCUGAGAAC